AUGGAUAGAAAAGUCUUGAUCAUAAUACUAAAAAUGAGUGAAGUGGUGGGUCAGGCCAAUGGUGUUGGAGUCAAGAAAGGUGGCGAAAGUGCCUUUUCUCGUGGAAAGGGUCGAACGGGAAGGGAUAAGGGUAUGCGUCGGGCCAGUCGUCGGGGCGGUCGAGUCGGACGAAUGGGGAAGUAGUCUCUCAUUUGAAUUAUAAAUGACAACUUAAUUAUGACAAAUCUGUAUAAGUUUCAUAAAAUGCC